UUUGAAGAGCAUUCACGUUACAAUCAUUCAUGAAAGUCAAAAGCCAACUCAAUUAAUAAUCCAACUAAGACAAGCUUUUCUCUAGAAUUCUUUCUCCUUUUUCCUAUCUCUUCUUCAACUUUCCACCAUGGAAGGAGGAGAAAAAGGUCACAUAGUCCUCUUCCCUUUCAUGGCACAAGGUCACAUAAUCCCUUUCUUAGCCUUAGCUUCAAAAAUCACACAAAAAGGUUAUCAAAUCACCUUCAUAAACACACCAUUAAACAUCAAGAAACUCAAAAAAACCAACCAUCCUUCAAUUCACUUUCUUGAAAUACCCUUUGAUAGUACUCAACAUGGGCUUCCACAAGAUGCUGAAACCAAUGAUUCUUUACCAUACAAUCUUGCAUUGAAACUUCUUGAAGUUUCCCCUUCACUUGAACCCAACUUCAAGAAAAUACUCACUCAACUUGUUGAGUUAAAGAUUGGAUUUUUCAAGAAAUCACAACCUAUUUGUGUUAUAUCAGAUUUAUUUUUUGGAUGGUCAGCUAAGGUAACUCAUGAACUUGGUAUAUUACAUACUAUUUAUUGUGGUGCUGUUGGUGGUUUUGGAUUAGCUUGUUAUUACUCUAUGUGGCUUAAUUUACCUCAUAGACAUACUGAUAAACUUGAGUUUAUACUACCUGAUUUUCAAGAAGCUGGAAAAUUUCAUGUCACACAAUUGUCACCUAGUCUUGUCAUUGCUGAUGGUAAUGAUCCUUAUUCAGUUUUUCAGAUGAAAAACCUUCCACUUUGGAAAAACUCAGAUGGGGUUUUGUUUAAUACAAUUGAGGAGUUUGAGAAAAAUGGAUUAAUGUAUUUUAGAAGGAAGUUGUGUAUACCAAUAUGGGCAAUAGGACCAAUACUUUUUCAAGAAAAUGACAAUGUAAGAAGUAGUACUAGUCCUAGGAAAGAACCAGGUAUUCAGUUUGAUAAAUGCAAAGAAUGGUUAGAUAGUAAGGAGAAAAGUUCAGUUCUUUAUAUAUGUUUUGGUUCACAAAACACAAUAUCAGCAUCUCAAAUGAUGCAACUAGCAAAAGCAUUGGAUGUUGUUGAAGUAAACUUCAUUUGGGUAAUUAGACCACCUUUAGGAUUCGAUGUUAAUGCUGAUUUCAAAUCGGAAGAGUGGUUACCGGAAGGGUUCAUUGAGAGAAAUCAAGAAAGUGAACAGAGAGGACUAAUAGUGUUGAAUUGGGCACCACAAGUUGAAAUCUUGGCUCAUGAAUCAAUAGGUGGAUUCUUGAGCAAUUGUGGUUGGAACUCAGUUCUUGAAUCACUAAUUAAUGGGGUUCCAUUAAUUGGAUGGCCAAUGGCAGCUGAUCAAUUCUUUAAUGCUAAGUUCUUGGUAGAAGAAAUUGGUGUUUGUGUGGAAAUGGCUAGAGGGACAACAUUUGAUGUAAGCUAUCUGGACAUAAUUGAAAAGAUUGAGUUGGUUAUGGAUAGUGAAAGUGAGAAGGGGAAAAGAUUAAGGGGUAAAGCUUGUGAAUUUAAAGAAAUGAUUAAAGAUGCAACUAGAGAUGAUGAUGAUUAUAAAGGGUCUUCUAUUAGAGCUAUGGAUGAAUUUUUUAAUUUGUUGAUGAAAGAAAGGUAAGUACAACAGAUCUUUAUGGCCGGUUCUUUCUCGAAUCUUGUGCAUAGAGGAGCUUUAGUACAUCGGAUUCAUCUUUAUGGCCGGUCCUUCCUCGAAUCUUGUGCAAAGAGAAGCUUUCGUACAUUGGGUUGCUGGUGAAAGAAAGGAUAGAGGUUGGCUCACAACAAUUGGCUUCUUUUUGUUAAUAAAGAAAGGGAAAAUCUAGAAGAAAAGUUCAACCUUUUUCUUUAUUUUUUAUAUAAAUUUUUGGAUGUUUCUAGGUUCUUCUUUUGUUUAUUUCACGGCUAAUUAAGAGAAGCAUGAUAGAGUAUGCGUAAUAUGUUGUAGAAAUGUGAGGUAAGGUUGUAUAUGAUUAAACCCUUGUGGUUCGUUCCUUCUAUGGAUCUCGUACAAUAUGGAGUAGAAAUGUGAGGUGAGGUUGUAUACAAUUAAAUCCUUGUCAUUCCUUCUUCGUAUUUCGCGCAUUAUUAAGAUAAAUAUUGCGUUUGUUCA